AUGGCCAACCAUGGCUGGCAAGCCCAAGUGCGACUCCAUGGACAGGAGCUCCCAGGUGUAAUCACUGGAGACCCUCAGCUCAUUGUCUUCCUCGCAGCAGGUGCUGGCCCUCUUGAAGAAGAUCUGAGCAGCAUACUAUCAUGGCAGCCAAAGGAUGUAGCCCCAAGCCAGGAGGAGGCCUGCAGGGCAGGCACACUGGAGCAGCUGGUGGAUCACUUGGUGCCUGCCCAGCUGACCGGGGACCACUUCUUCGUCCCCACCUUCCUAUCCACUUACCGAAAAUUUGCCAAACCCCAGCAGGUACUGGAUCUGCUGUUCCAAAGGUGAGCAACAACUCCAAGGUGUGAGGCUCUCCAGGAGUCUUCUAAACAGGAUGAAAUCCUCCCUUGCUCCAGCCAGGAUGGCAUGCAACAGGACCAACUCAGAAAUGCCAUCUCAUCUAUCCUGGGCAUGUGGCUGGAUCAGUACUGGGAGGACUUCUGCCAGCCUCCGCAGUUUCCCUGUCUCAGGCAGCUCCUGGCUCAUCUGAAGGUCUACAUGGCAGGAACGGACGUGGAGGGCCGUGCCCACCUUCUCCUGGCUCAGAUGGAGGCCCAAGAGCACAGCCAGGCAGAGCCUGAUGGUGUGGAAUGGACCACAGAGAAUGUGCUGAGCAAGGAGAAGCCUGAUGUCCUGGCCUUCCCUCCCCCGCUGGUGGCAGAGCAGCUCACGUGGAUGGAUGCGGAACUGUUCCAGAAGGUGGUGCCCCACCACUGCCUGCUCUCUGUCUGUUCCCAGAGGGACAAAAAGGACAUGGAGAACUUGGCCCCCACCAUCCGGGCCACCUUUACACAGUUCCACAGAGUUUUCUCCUGCGUCCUCACCACCUGCGUUGGAGAUCACAGCAUGCAGGCCUGCAACAGGGCGCGUGUGCUGGAGCAUUGGAUCAUGGUGGCCAUGGAAUGCCGAGUCCUGAGGAACUUCUCCUCCCUCCACGCCAUCGUCUCUGCUCUGCAGAGCACAGCCAUGCAGCGCAUGCAGAACACAUGGCAUGAGGUCUCCAGAGACAGCUUGCAGGUAUUCCAGAAGCUCUCAGAGAUCAUUUCUCCUGCGUGCUAUUACUUCAGGACCAAAGUGCUGCUAUUCCAGACUCAGCAGGUUUACCUAGAGAAGCUCUGUCUCUCGGUGAUCUUCCUAGAUCAGACACUGCUGAUGGCCACACUACACAGGGGAGCCAAGGGCAACUUGGCUACUUCCAUGGCAAGGGUGGAGCCUUGCGACUUUGCCUCCAAGGACAAGAAGGCCAAGAGAGGCCAGAGGCAGUCAGAGGAGACGGUUAGGAUCAAGGGCACCAUUCCCUACCUGGAAACAUUCCUAUCAGACUUCAGGAUGAUUGACACUGCCUUUAGGGAUUUCCUGGAUGAGGGAAUCAUCCAUUAUGAGAAAUUGCGAAAGGAAUAUACAAUCAUGGAGCAACUGAAGCAGCUACAGUCAAGCUGCAGCUAUGACCAUAUCACACCAAAUGAGAAAUUUCUGGCCUGGUUCAGGAGCCUGGAGCGGCUCAGCGAGGAAGCCAGCUGUCAGGCCCAGAGCACUGGCCUCAGUACCAGUGGCAGCUCCCAGUUCAAGCCGUUGGAGCAAGAUAAGUGUGGCCCUGACACCAGCAGCACGAACAACACUGGAGUGCACUGCGACAGCACUGGGAAGUCAGCUGGCUCCUCCAGCUCCUACCCGGAGCUCAACAAGAGCCUCAUGGGAGAAUCCUCAGAAGACCAGGAAAAGCUCAAGGCAUCAUCCUGCCAGUCCAUUCCAGGGACUUUGGCGAUCAACCUGGCCUCUCCCAGCCAAUCCUCACCCACAGACUCCAGCACACCUGAGACCACCACAGGAAACAGUCAGAGCUGCGUUUCAGGGCACACCAGUGACAGCUCCUCCCGGCAUCCAUAUACCAGGCAGGGAGACUCCUGUGUCAUCAGGGUGAUCCUGCCUGUGGAAAACAAACGUUUAUGCAGAAGCAUCUUGGUGACCAACCAGGAGAAGACCCGAGAUGUCAUCCUCAAGGCCAUGAGGAAGUUCAGGGUACAGAGAUACAAGCCAGAAGACUUAGAGCUGGUGCAGAUCAUCUCCCAGGAUCAAAAGCUGAGGAUCCCUGAUGAUGCAAAUGUAUUCUAUGCGUUGAAGACUAUGGAAUUCUACCAUGUGGUGCUUCGGAAGUACACCUUCCCCCUGAGGACAAACGUCAAGCAGGGAUCCAACUCCAGCCUCUUUCACAGGAAGAGAAGUACAUCAUGCAAAUCCUAA